GUCUACUCACUACUGAACGCUAUAUAUAACCUCAACGUCUUUUCACUCGCGCUAACUCACUCAUUCUUCAUUCUCACACCUGCACAACUUCAAAUUCUCUCUUCACAACCUCUAACAAUGGUUGUUGCGCAGAAGUUGAAGGAAGCGGAGAUCACCGAGCAGGAUUCUCUGCUUCUGACAAGGAACCUACUACGCAUAGCAAUAUUCAAUAUCAGUUAUAUCAGAGGUCUUUUUCCAGAGAAAUACUUUAGUGAUAAGGGCGUGCCAGCCUUAGAGAUGAAGAUAAAAAAGCUUAUGCCAAUGGAUGCAGAGUCUAGAAGACUAAUUGACUGGAUGGAGAAAGGUGUAUAUGAUGCUUUGCAGAAGAAAUAUCUCAGGACACUAAUGUUCUGUGUGUGUGAGACUGCAGAAGGGCCAAUGAUUGAAGAAUAUUCUUUUUCUUUCAGUUACUCAAAUUCUGAUAGCCAAGAGGUUUCUAUGAAUGUCAAUCGAAUUGGAAACAAGAAGCGAGGGGAAACAUUCAAAUGUAACUCCACAACAGAGAUUACCCCUACUCAAAUGAAGAGCUCUGCUUGUAAAAUGGUUCGCACACUCAUUCAAUUGAUGAGAACUCUAGAUAAGAUGCCAGAAGAGCGCACGAUUGUAAUGAAACUCCACUAUUAUGAUGAUGUCACGCCUGCUGAUUACGAGCCCCCGUUCUUCAGAGGCUGCACAGAGGAAGAAGCCCAUCAUACAUGGACCAAAAAUCCUUUGAGAAUGGAGGUUGGAAAUGUCAACAGCAAACAUUUUGUUUUAUCUCUUAAGGUUAAAAGUGUGCUUGAUCCUUGUGAGGAUGAUAAUGUUAGUUUGGGAGGUGACUCAAUGCAGCAAGAUGGAGACAGUGAGGCUGAUAGUGAGGCCAGCAUAUCUGAUGAUGAGUACAUAGUGGCACCUAUAGAUAAGCAAAAGGAGAAACAAGAUGAUACCAUGGUUGAUGAAGACGACACUCAGGAUCCAGCUGAAGAUGAACAGCAGCUAAACCGUGUCAAGGAUUGGAUCAAAUCCUAUCAUCAAGAAAACGUCGAUGUCACUGAUGUUCUCUCUAAUUUCCCCGACAUCUCAUUGGUUUUGCUUGAAGAAAUUAUGGAAAAGCUUGUAACCGAAGGCAUUUUAGCAAAGUCUGGAAACGAAAGUUUCACCAUCAAGAGGACGAAGAAUUCGGAGUAUGAAUUUGAUGCUGUGAAAGAGGAAACUGACGCUCGUCAGGCAUCUGGCAAGAAGAGCCUGCCCACUACUGGCGAGGCUCAAAUGUACAUGAAAGCACUUUAUCAUGCUCUUCCAAUGAACUACAUUACUAUUUCGAAGCUUCAAAGCAAGCUUGGUGGUGAGGCUAACCAAAUUACCGUGCGCAAGUUAAUGGAUAAAAUGACUAAAGAAGGUUACAUCGAAUCCACAAGCAAUCGUAGGCUAGGAAAGCGUGUGGUGCAUUCUGAUAUAACCAAGAAGAAACUUGCUGAAGUGCAAAAGGCCUUGGACUUUGAUGCUAUGGUUGAGGAUACACAUGAAACUCGUAACAAAUCCAACCAUUCGGUGAACCAAGCAGGGGCUAAUUGUUGGGACACAUCCACAAUGGGUGGACUGCAUUCCAUAGGAUCAGAUCUCACACGCACGAAAGGUAGAUCCGAUUUGCACCAAAACGGUUCCCCCUUCAGUGAUGCAGCUGCCUCUAAGUUGAGAGUGAAUGGACACAACACUCCCACAAGAAACACUCAGCCAAUAGCUUCAAUAGAGAGCCACGUGGCAGCAGGGGUUGAGAAGGGUGGAAACGAAAAUGUCAAUCCGGAUGAUAAAAUGGAUACUGUCGUUUGUAGCGGCCAGUCCACCCUUGACAAACGUUCUCGAAAAGCAAGCAUGGUGAAGGAGCCAAUCCUCCAGUUCUCGAAACGCCAGAAAUCUGAGUGAAGUCGAAGGCGAAAGAAACAUGAUUUUAUUUUAGUAUUUUCCACGUCAUGAUUUAGAGGAAUAAUUUGAGAGACAAAAUUGAUCGUAACCUUUACUGGUUAUAUUACUUUACCAACUGCUGAAUAUUUGACACGAUGCAUAGAGAUA